AUGUCUGCUCCCAACGCCAACAAGCCCAACGAGGGUAUCGCCGGUCAGAUCGGCAUCUCCAACGCCACCAACUAUGUCUCCGAGACCAUCCAGGGCAGCUCUGCUGAGGCCUCCGGGGCUAGCCCACACUCAACUGAAGAUGCCAAAGCUGCGGCAAAAAGAGCUAAGAUGAAGGCAAAGAAUAACCGCAACCGCAACAAGCGCCGAGAGAAUGAGAAGCUUGAGCGCAAGAAUGCCAAAAAGCAAGCUCGUCUUAGUCCUGCACAGAACGAUGAGGACAGCGCACCCGAGGCAGAGGCCUCUAAUGAUGCUGCUACCCUCACACCAGACCUGCCACCUCCCACGCCCGACCUGCCACCUCCUACGCCCGACCUGCCACCUCCUACGCCCAACCUGCCACGUCCUACCUGCUGCUCUCGAGAGCAGCACUUUGUACACCUUCUCACAAACAGGCGUGACGAUUGGGAGAGGAAGGUCAGGGAAUGGCAGUCCAGGGGUCUUAAGGACCCAGAGUAUGGCUGUAUCUGGUUCGACCUACUCCAUCCCCCCAGAAAAGCAGCCCCCAAAAUGUUUUUCACGUUUGUCUGCCCCAACAGCCGCUUGAAGGUUUCAGAGGUGACCGCGUUGACAAGGGCUGUUGCUGCGCUUAAACUUCAGCCUGCCGAGUUCCGCAAGGUUGCAGACACUUCGUACAAGUCUUCCCACGUUCACAACCUCAGCAACGAUUCUAUUGCUAUUGAUAUUAAUGAGGAGCAUAUCUUCUUUGAAACCGACUUUGAGAACGGCUCGGUCCGCAAGCGCCACCAGAGUGGUGCUGUGCCUUGCGAUCAUCCAAUCGCGGUCCAAUGCAAGUUCGGUCUGGUCCACUAUGCUGAUAAGCAGAGACCGGCUACAUCCAUUGCUUUACCCGAGGGGAAAGAAAUAUGGUUGAAGCAACGACUUGAUAAACUGAGAGCAGCGGCUGCAGCUGACAGUCAACUGUCGAAUACAGCCGAUCCAUCGAUACCGCAUGCACCUGUGGCAGAUCAGGUAUCGAACGCAGGCACCGACGCCACCGAGGAAGUCAUCACAGUCGAGAUGCGCAGUAACGCGCAGCCUGAAGCGCAUCCUGACGCGGUCGCCUUCGCCGCCCCCAGCUCAGAGCAGCCGCGUCGACGCCUACCACCUGGAAAUAUGCGCACCCGUUGCGAUGCAUGCUGUAAAAGCAAGAAGGGAUGCAUCAUCCCAAUUUCCAUUACUGGCGACCGCGGGCCUUGCGAACGGUGCGUCGAACGCGGCAUAACCUGCGAGUACCCCCCAUCUGUGACCGCGGGGAAUGCAUGA